CUUCAACCUCUGUUUCGUCAGCCAAUCAACAAGCAGGAAUUGGUGCGCAUUACGUCAUUACGUAACCAUACGUCAGGUCCUCGAAGCGGAAGUGUGAGUGACUCCCACCAAAAUGUCAGCCAUUUUCAACUUCCAGUCACUGCUAACAGUGAUUCUCCUCCUGAUCUGUACUUGUGCCUACAUCAGAGCGAUGGCUCCCAGCCUGCUGGACAAGAAUAAGACCGGGCUACUAGGAAUUUUCUGGAAAUGUGCCAGAAUAGGGGAGCGCAAGAGUCCAUGGGUGGCCUGCUGUUGUAUCAUCAUGGCAUUCAGUAUACUGUUCCUACAGUAGCACUCCAAUGAAGACUCACAUGGAAACAAUAACACGAACAUGGACAAUACUAUGGUAGAAGCACAACACGAACUGUGGCUGUGGGAUAAUGUAAAAACAGGGACUUGUUGCCACUCCCUGUUGCCAUGGAGCAGAUAGUCCCGGAGUAUGUUCAUUCCACUGUGAAUAUGGAGGCCUGCCCUUGUUUUUCCAUUCUUGUGCAUCCAUGUGGGUGGAGCACCAAUGGAGAGGGUUCUUAAAUAAGAUCUUGGAUCAAAUGAUGCAGGUCCAAACAUCUCAAACAGCUGACUCUAAAAGCUUAAUCUAACUUUUGAGUUUCAAUUUUUCUGGCAACCUACAGUAUUUAGAUGUGAUGGGACUGGGCUGGUUGCUUUUCUUCAUCUUGUCCCCCUUAAUUGUGUACUUCCAUUGCCCAAUGGUGGUUAAUGGUCAUAUCACACAAAAUCCCCAGCUGUCCAAUCGCCCCUCACAAAGAGCACCCCAAGUCUUUUUAAGUGAACCAGUCUGCCAUAUUUGUUUAUAAAAACAUUUUUGUAAACAUGUGAGCCACAUUGAUUGCAUUUUUGUGCUUGUGUAAUCCCAAUACUAGAUUGUAAAAUGAAAUUAAUACUUGCAUACAAAACACAUCCACGGUAACUUAUAUGCAUUCUGUGUCUUUGAAAAUGCAUCACUGUUUAUACAAGAUAAAGUGCAGAGAACAAAACUUCUGAAGCUUUCUUGAAUGACUUUAGACCUGACAAGAAAGCAAUGUAAAGUGUAUCCGGCUCGCUGGUUCGAGUGAGCGAGUGGCUUUCUGAUAACCUCCUGUGCAACCUUACUGUCAACACUCAUCUUUGUCGGACAGUGUUUCCCAACCUUUUUUGUCUCGUGUACCCCUACAGUAACCACUCACUCAUAUGUGUCGAUAAUUCUCCAAAAGUGAAUGUAACCCAACUGAUCACAGGUUAUUGUCUCCCUGGGGAAGCGGUGUGCCACUCACACGUUCCAUUUUAUUGUCUGACCUAAUAUGAAAUAUUAAGAAUAUUUACUUAGCCUGGAAAUUAUUUAUGAAAUGUUUCCACGUACCCGUGGUUGGGAAUCACUGAUGUAGGGGAUGGUCAGCUGACUGCAUCACACAACAGGAAGUGCAUCACACACUUGAACUACUUACACUAUAUUGACAUCCAGUACAAAACCAAACAUUCUCUUUCAAAAUCCCAAACUGCAUUAUCUUCAAUGUACUGCAGUGCAAUAUAUUACAAGGCAAAGCAGCAGGAACAUUGCAGUGGCCAUUUGUUCAUCACUGUUUUUUUUCCAAAGAAGAAGCCUCAUUUGUGAAGACUAAGAACAUUUGCAUUAAAAACAAAAAACAACCUUAUACCGACACUCAACUCUUCAAUCAUCAACUCUGACGUUAUAUUAAAUCUGUACAUUAACAAGCUUUUUUUACUAACAGCACCAUCUGCUGGCUCCGGUGUGACACCGUUUCAUACACUCCCAUUCAAAAUCACCGCUGCCAAUACAGUAUUUGCAUUGACGAGCUGUAAAGCAUGCAGUGAUACUGUAAUGCGAUUAAAUUAUUAUGUCAUAAUAUAGUUUUGCAGUAUCCUUGCAUCAAUUGGUUCCAAGCAGGCUGAAAGCUAAAUCAACAGAUAAUAAAGCAACUCUGACACAAAUAUGGCCUUUUUUCCAUGUAGUGGUGAGUGCUAAAUAAAGAACACUUGUUGACACCCUCACCUUUGACAAUCUUGAUACCUGAUGAGUGUCCAUAUCCCUCCACUCCCAUAUGUUCCGUUGUGGGCCUUGUUAGGGAAUGCACCUUGUAUGUUGAGUUGUUUUGAACCCUCCCGGGUCAAGAUAAAGCAUCAAGUGAUGCCUGCCGUUGAAGUCGUGAUUAUCAGGCCGUGAUGUGGACACAGGAGACAGAGAGAAGCAGGAAGCUCUCAGUCAUCUUGGGUCAGCAGAGAUACUGGACUGCUGGAAGAACAUCACUGAGUCAAUGAACCACCUUAAUGUCUCUGGCAGAUGAUGAAAGGGAAACAAUACGGUAGGCCUGAUGAUAGACAACGCUUUCAUCGGCCCUGCUUCUUGGAUAGACUUUGAGUGUUCUGAUUGAUUUACAUAUAAUGUUUGGAGAUCUAAGCAAGGAAAACAAUGAUCCUGAAGAUUAUGUGGUUUAUGGGACAGAUCAAACUGAACUGUGGAAAUUAUGUCCAAGUACCUGUAAAGUGACCUGAAGCAACCAUCAUCAUGAAUUUGAAAAAUAACUGUUUAUGCCAUAUAGUCACAGUUUGUUCAAUUUGUUGCAUAUGAUUUAUCAUUGUCAGCUUUAACUUUAUUUGUUCAGCACAUUACGUGUGAUGUUUCAGAUGGAAUAUGUUUCAAGGUAACUAAGUGACAGUCAACAGUUAUUCAACAUUUCUCCAUUCCCUGCUGAGCCUAAUAGAAACGUCCAUACAGAUGGGAAUCCUUACAGUUUCCAGUGAAGUUUUCUCCCAUCUUAUCACUGUUUUUCCUGAUAUCGCUCUUAAAUUGAACAGACGGAUUGAGGAAUGUUAAAGGGAUGUUGAUGGAGCCCAAAAGAGACGACAGAAGACAGGGCAGUGGAUGAGUCAAUAGGUUCCAGAAGGUUUGUUUUAUUUAUCCAUUUAUCCCAGUCUAUUUUUUCAUCCUGGUUUAUUUGAAUGGUCAGUGGCUUCUCGGUUUACUGCUAUCUUGGAUGACUCGUUAGUUUGGGCGGCUGCUUUUUGGUUUUAACCCAAACUUCUUCAGACAGAGUAUGAAAGAAGAGAGGAUGAAGACUAUUCCUAAUGUUUUGUUGUACAAGCAACAUUUAGGAUUUAGGAUGGAGUGGAGUAGGUUGAAAACAGAGCAAAACUCAUCAAAGGAAAAGUUUUCCAAACAUUUGGUUGUCAUAUAUCAGGACCAAAAAAAUAAUUUAAUUUUUAAAAAUAAUUAUCCUCACUAAAGCCGCGGGUAUGCCAGCCUAUCCCAGCUGUCUUCGGGCGAGAGGCGGGGUACACCCUGGACUGGUCACCAGCCAAUCACAGGGCACAUAUAGACAAACAACCAUUCACACUCACAUUCAUACCUAUGGACAAUUUGGAGUCACCAAUUAACCUAGCAUGUUUUUGGAAUGUGGGAGGAAACCGGAGUACCCGGAGAAUACCCACACAGGCACAUGGAGAACAUACAAACUCCACACAGAGAUGCUCAAGUGGAGAAUCGAACCCAGGACCUCCUGAUCUGAUGCUGAGGCGAGCAAUUGGCAAGGUGUCCCUGUUAUAUAAUCAAAAUACACAUUGUUAUCAUCACUGUAUGUGUUAAUAUGUAUGUGAAAUGAUGUAACGUUGUUAGAGGGUUUUUUUUUUCAGAAGUUCAAAAUGGGUAUAUCACAGCAUUGUAAGCUAGCUCAAAUUAACUUUUCUCAUGUUAUAAUGCACAGAAAAAAGAAAGAAUGAUGAUGGGCAAAAUUCCCCCAAAAUUGCAGUUCCCCUUUAAUGUAGGGUGUUUUGGUGUGUUUACGUUUUAUGGGCGUUAACUUCUUUUUACACUCAAGUCGUCAUCAAGAACGUUUAUGAUGGCAAACUGUGUCUUUUUAUUUAUUUUUUAUGGGGGAAAUUCAUUAUCAAUCCCAACAAAUCAGUCACCUCCUGGAAAAGAAUUGUGCUGGUGUUCCAAGGUCUCACUGUACACUGUUCGUUAUUUUCUUCAGACUCAUCCUCAGCCCUCUCAGCCCUUCUAAUUCCUUCCACAUGUACGUUUUACCAGAAAUUUUAUGGUGACAUGAGACAUUUUUCAACGUAGUCCAGUCAGACAGCUCCCUGUGGUCUCAUAACUGUAGCACUGCACGUCUCCUUUGAAGGUGGCUGUUUGUGCACAUGACAUUUCUCUCCAUGCUCAUAAGCCUCAGGAAACAGAACACACUCUCUCUUUUUUUUUUUUAAAGGCGGGUCCGCAAAGCUGGACAGCCCAAGGUCACUGACAGCAGAGAUUUAUCAGUGGGAGUAAUAAGAUAUUAAGGUCAUUAAAUAAUCAUGGCAUUCCACAUAUGAAUUUUAAUGAAUAGGAAGACAACAUUUUUGGAAAAAGUAAAUCUUCGUCACAAAGUAAUGCAGUAAGUAGAAAAUAGCCACAUUGAAACUGAAAAAAAAGUAUCCUCUAUGUUUGUGGUGUGUUUUGCACAUAAGGAGUCAGUUCAGUCAAUUCCAAAAUAAUUGGUUGUCGCUUUGCAAACUAGUGGCAAUCUGGGCACGGGAAGAGGACUAUCCAUGAAUCAUUCAAACCCCUUCAGAGAGUCUCCAAAUAUUCACAUAGAAUAAUAACAUUGUAGUGAUUGAAUACUCUUUAAAGCAAAGCAAUAGAAUAAAUUAACUGAAGUGAAUAUUUUUAGCUUGCAUACUCUGGUACAAUAAAAAAUAGUAGAAUUUGUGUUGGCACCCACCCAAAUAAGUGAAGCUUUAGUGUACAAUAAUCAGUAGUAUGCACUGUCGGCCAGAGUUUCCCUGUCACUUCCAGGAAAACCAGAGAGCAUCUCAGCCUUGGCAGCAAGCAUGGCCUCUGGAGUGUAACAGGCAGAUUUCCAGACAUGAGGUGGGAAGUCCUUCUACCUCUUUUCUCAAAGCUGCCAUAGUUGGCUGGAAGGAAUCAUUUGGAACACCAACACUCGCCCUUGAUGAUGAUGAUGAUGAGCUACUUACUAUCAGAUAUCAGUAAGCACAUUUAAAAUACUGCUGCUGAAUGGCUCACACUAUGUAUUUACAUAUUUUAAUACACUCCCAUGCAUCCAUUGAUAAUGCAGUUUAUAUGUCUGCAGUGGUCUCAUGAAAUAUACUACGUCAACUCUUUUGUUUAACUUCCCAGUGGCAAUGCAAUUUUGGGUUGGUGCUGAAUGACGCAUGCUGUGAAUGGACGAGCGUGCAAUUACCAGGAGAUUCCAGGGUGGUAAGGCCGAUGUGAACAUGCCAGCUUCCUUUGCAGCCUCAAGUAUCUUGUUUGAUGAUUCAAGCCACACUUAUAUGCAACUGGAACUAGUGUACUUAAAUCACAAAUAGGGGAAAGCAUCAAUUGUCAUAUUGAACCAGUGGUUCCAUCAUCAGAGUUGUUAUGGAACUCAGUUGUGAUGUAACCUAGCAGUUUAGGGGCCACAAGUAGAAUACUUUCAUACCGCAGGCUUUGGUCCUGUGAAAUGAAAAUAACACACCCACUUAGUAAGAAGACUCCUGAUGAGCUGUAUAAGUUAUGUUCGCACCCACCCUGAGUUUAGGCUAUGACAAAAUGUUUAAAAAAUAAUGGCUGUAUGAUGUAGUUUGAUCAAAACAUGGCAAGUCUGACAAAAUACUGUACAACACUGUUCCCUUUAAAUACAAACAGUGCUCUAUAAAUAAACUUGCCUUUCCGGCCUUUCUUUUUUUGUUUCCUCUUAAGACCCUGUGACUUCCUGAGAGGUGCGGUGGCUCAAGGUGCACCUGUAGCCACUUUGCCAUUAGGGGUAUUUGUCCUGCUUACCUAUCCGGUUAGUGUUGGCUGCUCUUGUGUCUGCUCUGGUUUGUGAUUCUUUAUGCCAGCCUCCUUGCACCUUGUGACACCAUCCUGGUCACCAUGAAAUUCAUAUUUUGUUAGUUGUUGUAGUAGUUAUUUUUUUUCUUCCACUAAUGGUUUUUCUAUUGUGCCCUGCGCUGUUUUGCACCGUCAACCUCAGCAAUUUGGUCUUCACCAUCUUUUUGUUCAUUAAAAUACUUAUUUUUUUCACUUGAACUGUGGAGUGGCUCUGCGUCUGGAAUCCUUACUUGGAAAACUGUGACAAUAAUUCUAGAGGUUCCCCUUGGUAGUGUGGGCCAAUAAAUAAAAACAAGUUAAGGGCUGCAAAUG